AGGGGUCAAGGUUAUGAUGGUGCAAGCAACAUGCGGGGAGAGUUUAAUGGAUUAAAAGCUUUAAUUCUGAAAGACAAUCCAUCGGCACAUUACAUACAUUGCUUUGCUCAUCAACUUCAGUUAGUGAUUGUGGCUAUAGCAAAAAAGCAUGAUGGUGUUAAAGAAUUUUACGAAACUCUUGGCAUGGUUGUUAAUACGGUUGGUGCUUCUUGCAAAAGAAAAGAUAUGAUGUUGGAGGCAAAAAAAGAGAGAGUGGAAAACGAAAUUCUAGCGGGUGAAAUUAACACAGGAAAAGGAUUAAACCAAGAGGUUUCCCUUGCCCGACCCGGAGACACACGAUGGGGUUCUCAUCAUAGAACCAUCAUAAGUUUGUUGAAAUUAUUUCUGGAAGUUGUUGAGGUACUUACUUUUAUUAAACAAGAUGGAGAGACCUUUCAACAACGAUCCAAUGCGUCAGCUAGCACUGGUUUUACCGGUUCCAACCGCAACCGUUGAAAGAUGUUUUUCUAAAAUGAAGCUUAUCAAGACGGAUUUACGCAAUCGGAUGGGUGA